AUGAACAAGCACCGGAAUCACGUGACAGAGAUCAUGGAUCUCACUCUGAAAAUCAUCUACCUGCUGACUGGAGAGGUGAGGGAUUCUGUGUAAUGUCAUUAUGGAGAUCAUCUACCUGCUGACUGGAGAGGUGAGGGAUUCUGGGUAAUGUCAUUAUGGAGAUCAUCUACCUGCUGACUGGAGAGGUGAGGGAUCUACCGUCAGUAUGAGAUCAUCUACCUGCUGGACCGCAGAGGUGCUGGAUCCUGGGUAAAUGGGCCAUUAUGGUGACCAGACCCACCCGGGCUGACUGGAGAGGUGAGGGAUUCUGGGUAAUGUCAGUUUGGAGAUCAUCUACCUGCUGACCGGAGAGGUGAGGGAUUCUGGGUAAUGUCAUUAUGGAGAUCAUCUACCUGCUGACUGGAGAGGUGAGGGAUUCUGGGUAAUGUCAUUAUGGAGAUCAUCCACCUGCUGACUGGAGAGGUGAGGGAUUCUGGGUAAUGUCACCAUGGAGAUCAUCCACCUGCUGACUGGAGAGGUGAGGGAUUCUGGGUAAUGUCACCAUGGAGAUCAUCUACCUGCUGACUGGAGAGGUGAGGGAUUCUGGGUAAUGUCAUUAUGGAGACCAUCUACCUGCUGACUGGAGAGGUGAGGGAUUCUGGGUAAUGUCAUUAUGGAGAUCAUCUACCUGCUGACUGGAGAGGUGAGGGAUUCUGGGUAAUGUCAUUAUGGAGAUCAUCUACCCGCUGGCUGGAGAGGUGAGGGAUUCUGGGUAAUGUCAUUAUGGAGAUCAUCUACCUGCUGACUGGAGAGGUGAGGGAUUCUGGGUAAUGUCAUUAUGGAGAUCAUCUACCUGCUGCCUGGAGAGGUGAGGGAUUCUGGGUAAUGUCAGUAUGGAGAUCAUCUACCUGCUGGCUGGAGAGGUGAGGGAUUCUGGGUAAUGUCAGUAUGGAGAUCAUCUACCCGCUGACUGGAGAGGUGAGGGAUUCUGGGUAAUGUCAUUAUGGAGAUCAUCUACCCGCUGACUGGAGAGGUGAGGGAUUCUGGGUAAUGUCAUUAUGGAGAUCAUCUACCCGCUGACUGGAGAGGUGAGGGAUUCUGGGUAAUGUCAGUAUGGAGAUCAUCUACCUGCUGACUGGAGAGGUGAGGGAUUCUGGGUAAUGCCCACCGCGAGAUCAUCCACCCAUUGACCAAGAGGAGGGAUCCUGGGUAAUGGCCACAAGGGAGAUCAAUCCACCAAGCUGACUGGAGAGGUGAGGGAUUCUGGGUAACGUCAGUAUGGAGAUCAUCUACCUGCUGACUGGAGAGGUGAGGGAUUCUGGGUAACGUCAGUAUGGAGAUCAUCUACCUGCUGACUGGAGAGGUGAGGGAUUCUGGGUAAUGUCACCUUGGAGAUCACCUACCUGCUGACUGGAGAGGUGAGGGAUUCUGGGUAACGUCAGUAUGGAGAUCAUCUACCUGACUGGAGAGGUGAGGGAUCCUGGGUAAUGUCAUUAUGGAGAUCAUCUACCUGCUGACUGGAGAGGUGAGGGAUUCUGGGUAAUGUCAUUAUGGAGAUCAUCUACCUGCUGGCUGGAGAGGUGAGGGAUUCUGGGUAACGUCAGUAUGGAGAUCAUCUACCUGCUGGCUGGAGAGGUGAGGGAUUCUGGGUAAUGUCAUUAUGGAGAUCAUCUACCUGCUGGCUGGAGAGGGAGGGAUUCCUGGGUACCGUCACUAUGGAGAUCAUCUACCUGCUGGCUGGAGAGGUGAGGGAUUCUGGGUAAUGUCAGUAUGGAGAUCAUCUACCUGCUGACUGGAGAGGUGAGGGAUCCUGGGUAAUGUCAUUAUGGAGAUCAUCUACCUGCUGACUGGAGAGGUGAGGGAUUCUGGGUAAUGUCAGUAUGGAGAUCAUCUACCUGCUGACUGGAGAGGUGAGGGAUUCUGGGUAAUGUCACCAUGGAGAUCAUCUACCUGCUGACUGGAGAGGUGAGGGAUUCUGGGUAAUGUCAUUAGGGAGAUCAUCUACCUGCUGACCGGAGAGGUGAGGGAUUCUGGGUAAUGUCAGUAUGGAGAUCAUCUACCUGCUGACUGGAGAGGUGAGGGAUUCUGGGUAAUGUCAGUAUGGAGAUCAUCUACCUGCUGACUGGAGAGGUGAGGGAUUCUGGGUAAUGUCAUUAUGGAGAUCAUCUACCUGCUGACUGGAGAGGUGAGGGAUUCUGGGUAAUGUCAUUAUGGAGAUCAUCUACCCGCUGACUGGAGAGGUGAGGGAUUCUGGGUAAUGUCAUUAUGGAGAUCGUCUACCUGCUGACUGGAGAGGUGAGGGAUUCUGGGUAAUGUCAUUAUGGAGAUCAUCUACCUGCUGACUGGAGAGGUGAGGGAUUCUGGGUAAUGUCAGUAUGGAGAUCAUCUACCUGCUGGCUGGAGAGGUGAGGGAUUCUGGGUAAUGUCAUUAUGGAGAUCAUCUACCUGCUGACUGGAGAGGUGAGGGAUUCUGGGUAAUGUCAUUAUGGAGAUCAUCUACCUGCUGACUGGAGAGGUGAGGGAUUCUGGGUAAUGUCAUUAUGGAGAUCAUCUACCUGCUGACUGGAGAGGUGAGGGAUUCUGGGUAAUGUCAGUAUGGAGAUCAUCUACCUGCUGACUGGAGAGGUGAGGGAUUCUGGGUAAUGUCAGUAUGGAGAUCAUCUACCUGCUGACUGGAGAGGUGAGGGAUUCUGGGUAAUGUCAGUAUGGAGAUCAUCUACCUGAAACGCUGCAGAUGUGGAGUUUAACCCCUCUGCUGUUGGAGGUGUAACUCCACCUCUGGUAGCAUCACUGGGGUGUCAUCAGCCAGCCAGGAACUAGAGAUAUGGCCUGGCUGGUAUCAAUGACUGACACUCUCAGACAAUUACUGCAGCUUUGUAGAAGCUGUACAUGUGUCACUGGGUCGCCAGGGCGCAUCAGAGCCUGGCAGGGACCCAGGUAAGGGAGCAAACUGUUUCUAAAUGGUUUGCCCCAUUACCAGAGAACCAGAGCAUUCUUCUGGCACCAUAAGCACUACAGUAGGAAGCUCUUAUUAUUUUUAUUGUUUGAUUGUUUACACCUGAUGGAGAGUAAUAAUUGGAUGUUAAUAGUUUCCUAGCCAUCUACAUGCUAUGCAGACUUGGCAUUGUCAGUAUACUGGCAGACAUUUUGUGUUAAGAUAGAAAUUAAAAGAGCAUGCUGUAAGUCACCAUCAGAACAGAGGUGACUCCAUUUUGUAACAGAAUGUUAAGACAGACACAACAUUUUUCUCUAUAACUCUAUUCAUUUUAAGCCUGAGGCUGAGGUAUGCGACUUAUGUAAACAUUAGAGAUAACACCUGAGAUAAGACAUGAUGUCUACAGCAGGGGGGCUUGAAUGUAAGAACCCAGAAAUAUGUGUGUGUGUAUGUAUAUAUAUAUAUAUAGUGGAAAAUUUAUUCAUACUUACCGUAAUUUUCUUUUCCUGGCUAUUAUUCAUGGCAGCAUAUACACAUGGGUUAGCUCCUCCCCUACAGCCGAUAGGACAGGAAAACCACCAAGGUUUUAAAAGGAGGCUCCAUCCCUAAGGUCCUCAGUCAGUUUACAAGCUCUACAGUACAUAAAUAGAGACAUUAAUGGGUGGGAAGUAUAUGCUGCCAUGAAUAAUAGCCAGGAAAAGAAAAUUACGGUAAGUAUGAAUAAAUUUUCCACUUUCCUGGCUAAUCAUGGCAGCAUAUACACAUGGGGAAUACCCAAGCUUACAGAGGGAGGGACAGAAUAGCCAAUCAAAUUAUCAGAAUAAUUCAACAUAGAUAGAAGAAUGAACUGAGUUAAGUACUUGAGUACCAAAUUGUGCAUCAUAGACUGUUUUAACAAACAGUAUGAAAUGCCAGACAAACGUGUCUAAAGAGUUUCAAAUGCUAGUUUACAAAAAGUGUCAGCAGAAACCAUUGCCAUGGCAACCCAUGAUGCUGCAACAGCAUGAGAGGAGAGUGCCCUGAUACCCUCCAGCACAGGUAGAGAACGGACGUGACGUCCAAAUUGUGCCUCAUUAAUUGCUUCAAUGUCCAAUAUGUAAUGCAGGACAAACUAGUUCAAAGAGGUCCAAAUGCCAACUUUACAAAGCUUCAGCAGAGACCAUUGCCAUGGAAGCCCACGAGAUGCUGUAACAGCACUAGUGGAGAAUGCCCCAAAUCCUUUGCUACAGGUAGAGAACGGCAUUGAAAGGCUCUCACUUUAGGCACGAUCACUGGUGCUACAUGCAAGACAACCAUAUCCUGUUGAAAUUCAGUGAAUGGGGGUACACAGGAUCAAGCCUGGAGUUCACCCAUUCCCCUUCCUGGGGUACCAGCCACCAGCACUUUCUGUGCUACCACCAUGGAAGCUCCUUCUAGAGGUUUGAAUAAUGGUUCAGUCAGGGCCCGUGAGACCAGUGGUACGUCACAUAUUGGCUUCACCACACUCAGUGGAGGCAUGAUUUCAAUCAAUGCCUAUAUGAAGCAAAGUGCAGCUAAGUGCACACAUUCACCCUGCUGAGGUACCAGUCACCAGCAACAGCAACGUCUGGGCUAACAUCAUGGAAGCUCCUGCUAGAAGUUCAGUCAGAGUCUGUGAGACCAGUGGUACGUCACAUAUUGGUUUCAACACCCUCAGCGGAGGCUUGAGUUCAAUUGUUGCUUACAUGAAGCAAAGCACCAGGGGCAUCAAUGCUCAAUCGGUACCCUUCAGUACAGGUAGAGAAUGACAUAGAUAAGCAUUCACCAUAGGCAGGAUCUUCAGGUGCCAAAUGCAAGACGACCAUACCUGUUGAAAAGUAGUGAAAGGGGGUUCACAGGAUCAAGCCUGGAGUUCACCCAUUUUCCUUGCUGGGGUACCAGCCACCAGCACUUUCUGUGCUAACACCAUGGAAGCUCCUUCUAGAGGUUCGAAUAAUAGUUCAGUCAGGGCCUGUGUGACCACUGGUACGUCACAUAUUGGCUUCACCACACUUAGUGGAGGCAUGAUUUCAAUCAAUGCCUAUAUGAAGCAAAGUGCAGCUAAGUGUUCCUCUAGAGUGUUAUAACACAGACCCUUUCAAGGCCUGAACGAGUAGUAAUUCCAACAGACAAAAGCAUGUCAAGCUUAGUAAAGCCUGUAUAGGAUUGUAAGAGGAUUUCAAUGAACGUCUCAGGGAUGCCUAUACUAAUAUGGCCUCCCGCAUCAACACCAGAACUUGAGGAUCCUGGUGUGUCAUGGGGCCUUGUAAUAGGUCUGGACGUACAGGAAUUUCCCUUGGAGUUUCCAGAAUCAUCUUAUUCGUCAUAGGAAUUAGAGUCGACACCCUCCACAUGGUAAAGCCUGGCCUCUUUUCUUACCCCUGAGGCCUCUGGAACUUACUUUGUAAGCCCUGCCUGCAUGUCAUGUGGCUGCACAGUGAUAGGUCAUGCUGAAGCGACAACCUUCUGGAGGAAGUCAGUGCAUAACCGAUUCCAUCCACUGUUUUCUCCUCAUAACCAGAUCCUGGUGAAAAAUCAGACACCUGACAAAUAACUAAAUAUUACCUGUGGUAAAGUAUUAAGAAAAAAUGUGCACUGUUAAAUUAUAUAAGAAACCAGCGAAACAGCUUUAAAACAGGCUGAAGACAGCACUUAUCCAUGUCUGGAGACCCUGCAAAUACUUACCCCAAUAAGUGUAUGUUUACUGUAAGUUUCCCUUUAUUUUAGGCACUUUCUGGCAAUUGCCCUUAUCCAAGAUGGCUGCCACAACUUGUAUUCCCACAAGUCAUCUGUAUUAGGCCCAAUAAGGCACAAACUGCACACAUGUGGGCCUAUUCCGAGUGUGUUUGCUGUUUAGAGACCAGGAAGAGGACUCUGUCUGAAGCCUACAUGGCCCCUAAACACCCAGGAAACCAGGAAUAAAUCACUGGGACCGAGGGGGAAGCAAAAUCGAUAAAAAAAGUGCCUGCAAGGAAGUUUAAAAGGCAACCACGUGCAAAAAGGUCAAAGUUUAAAGGCACCACAGUCUAAAGGCCUCAAGGUAUAAAAGGUAAAACAGUUUUCAAAUCUAACAGUUUCCAAAAUGUAACAGUUUUUAAAAUAUAUCAGUCUUCAAAUGCACUGCAGUUUUCCAAUGCACUGCGGUUUCCAAUGACUUGCGGUAUUACAUGCAACAGAAUUAAAUGCCAAUUUAAAUGAAACAGUUUUAAAUGCCACACAGCUUAAAUGCCACACAGCUUAAAUGCUUCCUAGCAAAAGCACAACCGCAUAAUGUACCACAAUCUUAAAAAUAAGGUACAGCUGUAUAAUGCACUAGUUUAACCCCUUAAGGACACAUGACAUGUGUAACAUGUCAUGAUUCCCUUUUAUUCCAGAAGUUUGGUCCUUAAGGGGUUAAAGAUAUCAAAGCUUAAAUGCAUCACAGCAUAAAAGCACAACUGCAUAACGUACUACAGUAAAACAGCAAAUAAAGUAAUGAAGAUAAAACAACAUACAUGUCCGAAGUAAAGGGAGCAGAUUGCUCACGUCCUAAGGGCUGUAGGACAGGAAAAAGACUGAGGACCUUAGGGAUGGAGCCUCCUUUUAAAACCUUGGUGGUUUUCCUGUCCUAUCGGCUGUAGGGGAGGAGCUAACCCAUGUGUAUAUGCUGCCAUGAUUAGCCAGGAAAUAUAUAUAUAUAUAUAUAUAUAUAUAUAUAUAUAUAUAUAUAUAUACAUACACACACACACACACACACACACACACACCGCUCAAAAAAAUUAAGGGAACACAAAUGUGCAUGUGUCUGCUCAGAAACAGACUCCAUGAGGGUGGUAUGAGGGCCCGACGUCCACAGGUGGGGGUUGUGCUUAUAGCCCAACAACGUGCAGGACGUUUGGCAUUUGCUAGAGAACACCAAGAUUGCCAAAUUCGCCACUGGCGCCCUGUGCUCUUCAAAGAUGAAAGCAGGUUCACACUGAGCGCAUGUGACAGUCUGGAGACGUUGUGGAGAACGUUCUGCUGCCUGCAACAUCCUCCAGCAUGACCGGUUUGGCAGUAGGUCAGUAAUGGUGUGGGGUGGCAUUUCUUUGGGUGGCCGCACAGCCCUCCACGUGUUCGCCAGAGGUAGCCUGACUGCCAUUAGGUACCGAGAUGAGAUCCUCAGACCCCUUGUGAGACCAUAUGCUGGUGCGGUUGGCCCUGGGUUCCUCCUAAUGCAAGACAAUGCUCGACCUCAUGUGGCUGGAGUGUGUCAGAUGUUCCUGCAAGACGAAGGCAUUGAUGCUAUGGAAUGGCCCGCCCGUUCCCUAGAUGUGAAUCCAAUUGAGCACACAGGGCCAGUGCAAGGAUUUUUGCCGCCCUAGGCAAAAGAAAGAUUUGCCGCCCCCCCCUUAUCCCCCUCCCAAUGACAUCACAAUGCCCCACCCAUAUGAUCUUCCAUAUGAACUAACGCCAGUGCUGCACACAGUGUGUGUUUACAUUAAAAGGCAUGCAGGGACAUAUUAUAGACACCAGAACCACUUCAUUAAGCUGUAGUGGUUCUGGGGACUAUAGUGUCCCUUUAUUGUGAGGUAAAUUAGAGAUUAGUGUCACUAAUAAUAUACUAGAUUGCCUCCUUACAACUAGAUGAGGAUGGUGAUGGGCUCUGGCUGCAGUCUGGCUCCACUGGUCUGGUGUAGAACAGGAUAUCUGCAGGCUGUUUGUAACUGUGGUCACAAAAUUCAAUGUUCUGGGAGAACGGGAAGCUGCUCCAUUUUUUGGGGCCCCUUACACAGCUCAAGGUCUGGGCCCCAUGGCCUGACUGUGAGUAUGCCCAUAAGGUCCACCUAUAUGUUCGUUCACAGGAAGUGGAUUGUGUAGGGGAUGUGUUAUGGUAGAGGAUCUAAUGUGUGUGCCUAUGGAAUGUAGUGUAUAGGGAUACCAGUUUGUGUAGGUGAUGCAGUGUGUUUGUGUGUAGUGGAAGCAGUAUGUUUUUGUGUAAGGGAUAGAAAGCAGUGUAUGUUUGUGUAUAAGGGAUGUAUUGUGUGUUUCUCGUUGUGUGUAAGGGAUGCAUUGUGUGAAUCUGUUUGUAUGCAAAAGGGAUUCAAAGUGUGUUUCUGUGUAUGUAAGGGAUGCAGUGUGUGUGUGUCUGUAAGGGGUGCGUUGAAUGUGUGUAAGAGAUGCAUUGUGUUUCUGUGUGUGUGCGCAAAGGAUGCAUUGUCUUAAAGUGUAAGGGUUGCAUUGUGUGUGUGUGUUUCUCUGUGUAAGGGAAACAUGUUGUGUGUGUAGGGAUGCAUUGUGUGUUUCUGAGUAUGUAUAGGGAUGCAUUGUGCGUAGUGUGAAAGAACUCCCUGUCCUGCCCCCUGUCCUAUAGAGCUCUCCCUUCCGUCCCUUAGAGAUCUCCCCUGCCCCUUAGUGGUAUCUACUCUCCUCCCCCACCUCACUUAGUGGUCUCCUUUUCUCCCCGACUUUCCAUUAGUGGUUCCUCGUCUCCCCCUUAGUGGUCUCUGCUCUCCUCUGCCCCCCCCUUUCCAUCAGUUGUCUCUCUUCUCCCCCCCCUUUCCAUUAGUGGUCUCCCCCCACCCUUCGUGGUCUCUUCUAACCCCCGCUUUUCAUUAGUGGUCUCUCCUCUCCCCCCACCCUCCCCUAGUGGUCUAUCCUCCACCCCCCUCCUCCUUUAGUGGUCUCUGCCCUCCCCUCACCCUCCCUUAGCGGUCUCUCCUCACCCCCCUCCCCUAGUGUUCUCUCCACCAACCCCUCCUCCUUAGUGGUCUCUCCCUCCCCCACGUUCUCUUCACCCCCCCCCUGUUCUCUUUCCCUCUGUGUUCUCCUCUUCUUCUCCCCUGUUUCUCCUCCCCUUCUCCUCUUGUUCUCCUCUUCCCCCCUGUAAUCUUCUCUUCUUCUUCUGUCUUCUCUUCUUCUUCCCCUGUAAUCUUCUCUUCUUCUCCCCUCCCUCCCUGUAAUCUUCUCUUCUUCUCUCCCCCCUCCCCCCUCCAGUGGUCCCGGCCUCAGUGUGCACUUCCUAUCAGUCCGGCCAGGUACAGGAAACAGAAGCUACUGUACCGCGGACCGGAGAGGAGCUCGGCCACGCUACAGGGAAGGUGAGGCAGUGCGGCAGACACCUGAGCGCUCUCUAUAGAGCACUCAGGCGGCUGCAGUAUUUAAAGGGCCGGUGAUGGGGGCACAGGGCGUACCCCUGCCUAGUUCGCCUUAUAGGAAGCACCGGCUCUGUGAGCACCUCUGGGACAUCAUGUCUCGCUCCAUCCACCAACGUCCCGUUGCACCACAGACUGUCCAGGAGUUGGCAGAUGCUUUAGUCCAGGUCUGGGAGGAGAUCCCUCAGGAGACCAUCCGCCACCUCAUCAGGAGCAUGCACAGGCAUUGUAGGGAGGCCAUUGGAGGACAUUACAUCAAAGUUGGAUCAACCUGUAGUGUGUUUUUCCACUUUAAUUUUGAGUGUGACUCCAAAUCCAGACCUCCAUGGGUUGAAAAAUUUGAUAUCCAUUUUUUUAAUUUUUGUGUGAUUUUGUUGUCAGCACAUUCAACUAUGUAAAGAACAAAGUAUUUCAGAAGAAUAUAUAAUUCAUUCAGAUCUAGGAUGUGUUAUUUUUGUGUUCCCUUUUUAUUUUGAGCAGUGUGUGUGUGUGUGUAUAUAUAUAUAUAUUUGUGUUAAGGGCUCAUGAUAGUACAGAAGAUACAAACAUUGAUAAGUAUGGGAUAGUGUGAAAGAGCAAGUCGGUUGUGGUGUGCCGGAACCGACGAUGAGGUAGGCCUGUAAAUAAAGAGGGCCCACCAAUAAGAAAUGUAUGAGAAAAGGAGUUAAUAAAAGAGGAGUGGGUGGGAGGGUGAUGCAGCGCUGACCUCGAACGGUAUGGAGCCAGGUAAGGGGUGUCCCUUAAGUAGGGAGAAGGUGAGUCAUACGCCCCUCCCACAAUUACAGGCCAAAAGGCCUUAAUACUUGUGUUAAGGGCUCAUGAUAGUACAGAAGAUACAAACAUUGAUAAGUAUGGGAUAGUGUGAAAGAGCAAGUCGGUUGUGGUGUGCCGGAACCGACGAUGAGGUAGGCCUGUAAAUAAAGAGGGCAAAAAGUAGAAAAUAUACUUUAUUACGAAACGAGCAGUAUACAUACUUCAACCAGACAUAUCUUGAAAGGCAUUUCUGACUUCUUGUACUGGGUUAGGUAUGUAUCUAGAGUAUGCAGAAGACUUCCAGCGCCCUAGUGACUUGAUAACAUGUACUGGAAUGUUUGCACUGGACGCUGUGGAGGCCGCCCCUAUGCGGAAGGAGUGGCCCGAAUAGUUAGCUGAUUUUAGGCCUAGUUGUGUAAGUAGGGACCUGACGUGGGUCAUGAAGGUGGUGGUAGUGAGUACCGAACCUUGUAGACAGAAAAGUGGUUGAGAUGGUGAUGCUUUGAAAUGCUGGUAUAGGUGUCCAGUAAUGUGACGGGGCACCACACGUUGUGGGUAGGAUAGUAUCUAACCUCUACCGGGGGUGCGUGUUGAUUGGUUUUGGAGUGAUGCAGAGCUAAAAUAUAGUAAUCCAUGUGUUUCGUUAAGUGUGAAUGAAGCAGAAUGUGAGUGGACUGGGAUGUGUUGAUGGCGGUAAAUUCUCUUGGUCUCAAGAAACCAUAAAAAGCUACGUAUAUGGCGGUUUUUAUAACAAGGUUUGUGUUGUUCGCAAAGGGUUUUGAAUCUAGUAGGCUGGAUAAAUCCUUGAAGAUAUUGAAGUCUAUAGGUAGCCUUUGCGCGGUACGUGGGGGUUCGGAUCUCUGGAUACCUCUAAGGAUGUUUUUGAUCUGGUAGGAGGACAUAAAACUUGUGUUGUUUGGUUGUAAUGUUAGCAUGUGAUGUUGUAUGCCUGUCAGAUAUAGCUUGAUUGUGUUGUGAGAUAAUUUAAGUUUGAGGUGGCAAAAAGAAGCAAAACCUAACAAAGAUGUCAUGAUGAAAGGUUGUGUGACGUUGUGCAGUGACAGGAAUCUUUUAAAUAGAAGGAAAGCCCUGUCAUAUGUUCUCCGGGUAUUGGUGGACAGUGCUAAUUGUGCCAAUGUCCUGCUAUGUUGCAUAAUAGCUUCUAGUCCAUGACUAGCUGGUGGAAAGGUGGAGUGGUCGUGGCUGUACGUGCGGCUGACGGAAGUAUUUGCCGAAAAGCCUGAAAAUUGAAACGAGACAAAUUGUCAGCAGCCGUGUUACAAACACCUGGGACAUGGACACAUAACAAGAAGAAAUUGUGGCAUGCAGCUAGCCAGGUGAGUUUCCUCAAGAACCUCAUAAUGAUCAGUGACUUGGAUCGGCCUUUGUUUAUGAUGUGGCAGGUAGCUUGGUUGUCUGAGUGGCAACGUACUGACGAACCUGCCCAUAGAUGCCCCCAUGUAACGGCAGCUGCUACUAUGGGAUACAUCUCAAAUAGAGCUGAGGUAGUGGAAAACCCUUCCAGGUCCUGUACCUCUGGAGGCCAGCUACCCCAAAGCCAUUCAUUCCCGUAAAUUGCUGCAAAACCUGUGGUAGACGCCGCGUCUGACCAGAUGGUAGGUGAGGAGUCAAGACAAUUCAGGGAGAAACAUGCUUUUCCCAUUCCAGGUGGUCAGAAAGUUUCUCCACAUAAGUAGGUCUGCCGUGGCUUGGUUAUCCAGUGGUAACCUGUGUGCAUCAUGUCUAAACAGUGGGAACAUGGUUAGGAGCCGUGAGAUGAAAGCCCGGCCUUGAGGUAUUAUGCGCAUGGCAAAGUUCAGUGACCCAAGUAGAGACUGUAAUUCUUUGCGAUUGCAAGUACCGAGGUGUAUGUAGAGGUUAAUGUUGGUGAGAAUGUUCUCUAUCUUGGUGCGUGGCAGGCUGGCUUGCAUGGUGGCUGAGUUUAGCAUGAUUCCCAGAAAGGUGAUGACUGUAUCUGGUCCUUCAGUUUUGGUGGGGGAGACUGGAACACCCACCUGUUUAAAAAGACUGAUGGUUGCUAUGAGGCUACUGGGAGGGGAAGUGUUCUCUUCGAUCAGUAAGAAAUCAUCCAGGUAGUGUAUAACUGUAGGGCAUCUGGCUACAUUUAAUAAUAACCAGCAUAAUGUUUCGGCGAAUACGUCGAAAAUGGCCGGACUACUUUUUGAACCAAACGUUAGGCGUGAGAAAAAGUAGUAGUGCCCGGCCCACUUAAUGCCAUGCAGGUGCCAUAGUGUAGGGUGGAUAGGCAAUAAUUUGAAGGCAUUUGUAAUGUCAGUCUUGCUGAGCCAUGCUCCGACCCCUGCCUGCAUGAUAGCUGUAAUGGCGUGAUCUAUGGUGGAGUAUUGAAGUGAAAAUUCCUCAGAGGGGAUAAGGGAGUUCAGACUAGGUGAGGCAGAGGUGUGAGGUGCAGACAGAUCGAUGAUAAGUCUUUGUUUGUGGGAAGAUUUCCCUGUGACAAUACCGAUGGGGUUUGUCCGCCAUGUGGAAAAAGGAGGGGACUGAAAGGGUCCCAAUAGGAAGCCCUCUGCCACUUCUUUGGCUAUGAGUGUGCUAACCGCUGUAGGGUUUUGUUGUGCAGAUUGUAAAUUAGGACAUUCAAGGAUUCCUGAAGGCAUGUGUAUGAGACCAGUAUGGAAUCCUUGUGAUAGACCAGUGAUGAUGAAGUCUACCAAAUGUCUGGAUGGAUGUCGUGACAGUAAUGCCGUGAGUACAGAAAUAUUUAUCUCGGUUAAGUAUUGCUUAGGGUACAUUUUAUUUGGACACAUGGUUUUCGCAUGUGCCCUAAAACAUUUUGAACAUAUAUGCAAUAACCGACAACCGCUGUAAUUACAUGCACCGACAUUGAAAUUAUUACAUAUUUGGGACUUCCCCAAAAACUUGAUAGGUCGACCCAGUUUGUCUUUGGGUGUUCUCUCUGCUGACACAGCGGAGCUAGUGCCCUGCGAGGUGGUAGGUUCGUUCGCAGUGGUCGGACAAAAAUUGGCAGUAUGAGCCAUGGAGGAGCAGUGUGCACAGGCCGGUGCUCUUAGACCUGCAAAGUGCCUGCAAAAAAUGAUCGUAUCAAUCUUACUCCAGUUGGACCUUGUCCCGUACUGUGAGAAGGCGCCAGACACUUUGGCAGAAAAGGAUCUAUGGUAGUCAUAGAAAGCUGACCCACCAUAUUUGUUGCCCAGAUCAACCAGCCUGUGCAUAUAUAAGUCAAACUCCUCACGUCUGUGGGGAUAUACCGUACAGACCACAUCCCGAUAAAUGCCAAAAGCUAAUACAAAUUCUGGAAUGGUUAGCUUCCUAUUUAAUCGUGCAUCCCUGGAUUUGACCACCACAGAAAUAUCGUCAUAAGCGUAGGUCUUAUGUUCCACUAUAUCCUGGGAGGCAAUUAGUAGUGAGGCCAGAUUGACAUCUUUACCUUCCAGGAUAUCUCUCCUGAGGUGCUCAGGAAUCAUGUGGGCAGGGUAAACUUCUUGGUCAUCCGAGGUGAUAGCUGGAGAAACUGAUUGCAACUCCACCACUGAUGGGGGAAUUGCCGUGGCCGGUCCAGCCAUAGUGAGGGCUGUAGUGACCGAUUCAAGUUUCUCCAGCCUAGAAUUGACCUUGCUCAUGGAUGUCAUGAGGGACGUGAGCAUGUCAUGUAUGUUCCCUGGGUGGGACUGGCUCGACCCUUCCCCAGCGUCCGUGUUAUCGGUUGAGGUGUGUAAUAAUCUGUAAAGUUCCGCUUUCCUUGCUGUUGCUGGAAAAGGGAUUUGUCGUCUCCUGAGUUCGCUAGUGAUACGAGGGAUAGUCCAUGAUCUGAAAGAUGCUGGACUAGCCGUAUCUUCCUCCUGUGAUGGGGUGUUGGUUCUAGCCGGAGUCCUUGGGAUGGAGAAAUCCUCUACCCCUUCUUGCGACAUACUAGAUUACAAAGUAUAUGGUUAGCAUAAAAACCCCCGAGGGGAUGUACUGGCAGGCUAAUUAUGCCGGAUGAGGCGAAAAAUUAAAACUUGUUCUUUGGUGACAGGUGACAAGUGGCUAUGAGAGGCUCUAUCUAUGCGUUGGCGCGAGGGGUUAUUGAGGCCACCCGACGUAGUGGCAGGAAUUCGUAGGCCUCUCGGUGACAAUACAAGAAAACAGGGGAAGGGAGUGACAGGUGGCACCCUCUCUAUAAUGCGAGGCGGCUAACUCACGUGUGGCCCGGGGGGCAUUACCUCCGAAACGUUGAGGCGGGGUGUUGGCCUCGCGGACCACUAAACGAUAGGCAGAAUGCCUGGAGGGGGGAUACCUAUUUGGGCCUAUAACCCCUAAAAUUGCCAGUACUCUAUGUCCUAAGUAGAGGAGGAACCAUAUGUGAUGUAUGGCGUGAGCAGGCUUAACGUACCUGGUAGUAUGUAUGCGUUAGAUAAGCGAUAGGUAGAGAAAACUGGAAAAACCUAAAGGGAUAGAAAAACCAAAUAUGAUAGUGUGAGAAUUGGAUCCUAUGAUACCAAUUUAGACUAGUUAGUUGUGGUGAGUUCUAGUAGUACAUAUGGAAGGGAAUAUAUGAAUGAUAAUGGCCCGACUGGCCCUGUCUGUGGUAUGGUAAUCAUGCUUGGGGGUGUGUAUGAUAUGUCUCUAUGGAGACCAGAUUUAAUAGUAAUGCUAGUGUUUGUAGUAUAAUAAAGUGCAGGAUUUAAAAUAAUACCGUAUAUGUUAGGCCGUAAACGUAAGCCAUGAAAAGAGGUAAGUACGAGGUACAGAAAUAUUUGAGAAGUUAUCCCAAUUAGGAAACAACGUGACGUAUGAGUGGUUGAAUCAAGACGUGUGAUUCAACCCGAAAGUUUGUGAGAUUUAUGAGACCGUGUUCUUGUGUACUUGGUAUGACGUUUGAGUACACAAAGAAAAAGUCAGAAUAUAUAAGUGCCAUGUAAGAAACGUGAGUACAUGGUAUGAUAGAAACGUAAUUUCUAAACAUAAUUUAUAACGUAAAUCCUACAAAAGAUAUCUGUAAAAUGUAAAAGCUUGUCUAAGCUUAACUCCAUAAAUAAAUGUAUAUAACAUGAAGAAUUUCAAUAAAACUUUAAUGAUACCAUAUCUGCUAAAAGAUUAAACCAUAACCUAAAUAAACACUUAUUCAUAAGUAGUUAACAGGGGUAUUGCCCCAGUCAUGCAAGGAUUUUGUAAUUUUGCAUAAAAUAAUUAACAGUAAUAACAUGAAACCAAUUAUAGCUGAUGAUAUGCAUAACAAGUUUGCUUAAUGCAAGAAAAAACCGAACCGAUAUGCCUGCCGGCAGCAAAGGGGUUAAUAUGCCUGUGACUUGGCCGUAAAGCGUGUGGCCGUAAAGUAAGGCCGUUUAAAAUCGCGACGCCGUGGGAAAUGAUCCGGGCGACGGACUUACGAUUUUGAAGUCCUGUGGACUUAAUCUGCGACGAAAACACCGGGUAUGUGCGUGGCUGAACGGGCGGAAAACCUGUAAGGAUUCCUGGACACAGCUACACCAAACGAAAACCGCGGGUUUUGAAAAGCAAGAUGGCGCCGUACGUGAACCGGAAGUGGAUUCUCGAUGCAGCGCUGACCUCGAACGGUAUGGAGCCAGGUAAGGGGUGUCCCUUAAGUAGGGAGAAGGUGAGUCAUACGCCCCUCCCACAAUUACAGGCCAAAAGGCCUUAAUACAUAUAUGUGUUGGAAGGCCAAUUGGCCUGAAUUUGUGGGAGGAGUUAUGACCCUAUAUAAACCCUACUUACCUUUGCCGUUCAAGCUGUUUUGACUGUCACCGUAGUUACGCUAUAAAAAUUCUACCGAACGCUUAUACUCACUUUACGUUCACCUGUUUCUCACUUUCGUUAGACGAAUCACAUACGAACGGCUGGGUCACUAGCAUUUCAUUUUCAUUAAUCUAAACUCACGCGGUCAUAUUAUAUUUCUCUCGCAUGUUCAGUAGCCGAAUGCAUAAGGUCUAUGCACUUUAAAAUUUUUAUAUUUAAGUAUGUUCCUCUAUAUAUGAUUUUAUAUAUGUUCACAGCAGUACCUACAUUUUCCCUUAUUCUAAAUGGCAUUUUUCACCAGACUUUGUCACAUUUAAUUAUGUAUACAUCCCAGGCGUAUUCUCUUAAAGUAACAGUCUCCCCUUUACGGUUAAGGGACUAGCCCCACAAAACCUCCUAAAGUUCUCAAACUCCAUGCUCACUUUUCCAGUAGCUCUUAUUUUAAAAUCUCUGUUUAUAUUGUAACUCUAUACUCAGGUUCCUUAAUUUUAAAAAUGUUUUAGGUUGUACUACUUAUUUUGUCAAGACUCCAGGAGGUGAUAUCAGGUAAAUAAGGUUACAAAUUUUUACGAUUCUCCUGAUGCCUCAUUUCAGCCUCCACGGCCUUUUUUACCAUACCCUCCCAAAGUGGGCUCAAAACUUUAAACACACCAGGUUAAAAGAUGCCUCAUUCUCCAGGUUACUAUUAUAUUAAAUGUUAUAAAAAUUCCAUUUUAAUUUCUACAUAUCAUUACUUAGACCUGCACCAUUGCCCAGAUUCACUACGCCUUCAACGACCAUCAGUCUACCUGGUUCUCGACGUUCCAGUAGGUAUCCCUAAUCUUACUCACUAUUAUUACGUCCUUCUAAGGCCUCACUUCGCCUUCAUAUCUGUCAAAUAAUAUUGCUCAGUUGUGGGAUCCCAGGGGCUGGUCUAAAAAUUUGGACCUACGUUCAGGUACCUCUGAUUACACAAGCGUUUAUGAUACAAUUUUUCUGUUACACACCAUUCCAUACGUUCUACAUUUUUACACUUGGAUUACCAAUGGCACGCCUCUGGCCUACUAGCAUCUUUCUUACCUCUAGGUUCCUGGACUGGACCUGUUCUACAAAGUAUAUAUAGACAUAUAUAUUGAAGUCACCCUGAGCAAUUUCCAAAUAUACAGAAUGAACACUCAAGGUCAGUAUCUACAUAUGUUACAUACUUCCUUCAAGAGACAAGUGCCCGUCAGGGUAGAGAACUGGCUUUCAGGGUCAGGUGCUGGCCCUAGCUUCCCCCAAUAAUUCUACGGUCCGCGAGGUCUACACCCCUACCUCAUACACGGAGGUUCAGCCCCAAGACCAAAUCAUAGCUAGCCACCUCGCUUGCUCUUCUUUAGGGCUACAGUUAGGGCUUCCCAUGUCACGGCCACAUGUUUUUGAAACUCUUACAGUCACCGAGAGGCCGACAUCCUGCCACCCCCUUCUGGUGGCCACAAAACCCCCUCUGUCCAAAUCAUAGGUAGAGCCUCUCACCGCCGCUUGGCAAUAGCAGGGCCUCAUCUGUCACUUGGUUCUAAUUUUAAUUCUUCACUUCGACAUUAGCUAGCAGGCCAGUUCUCUGGGGGUCUCAUCCCACCUCCACUAUACACUACUUAUCCAUAUCAUUAUUCCUUUCAGGAUGUCUCAAGAACCAAUCAUCGAUUCCCCCAUCAGACGAUAUACCCAGCACGCCAGCCAGGCCUGGGUGUCCGGUGGAAUCCCUCACUCCUUCUACCCCCAGAUCCCUAAGCUAUUGGACCAUUCCAAAAAUAUCGGCUCAGGGGAAUCCCCUUUCCAGCCACCGCCAGAAAAGCAGAACUUUAUAAACUGCUGACGACUCAGGCCGACGAGCCAAGGUCCGGCACGAGUUCACAAGGGCCUUCAGUUGGUUUCUCUGAUUCCACCCAGGAAACUCUGACGGCUAUACUGGCCAAUCUGCAAUCCAUUAACAGCAGGUUGCUGAAGGUGGAAUCAGCCAUAGCCACUCCAGGUGACUUAGCCCCAGCAGUCCCUACACCGGUAACCUUGACCGCUCUGACUGCCAUACCCCUCAUUUCCCCUCCCCCACCAGCCACUACCCACACCUCACCAGCCCACUCUGUUCUGGCUACCAUCAAGAAAGAUAUUCUUGAUGGAAAAGACGUCAAUUUAAUGUCCCUCCUCAUAGCCUCCCAAGACGUCUUAGAAAAUUGAACUUAUAACUACGGGGACAUUUCAGUUGUCUUAAGAGCCAGAGACCCAUGUUUGAAUAAAAAACUCACCAUCCCACGGAUUGUUAUCGCAUUCGGCACUUAUCACGACGUUAUCUGCACGGUGUACCCACAUAGGAGAGAAGAGCUUGAUUUAUAUAUGCACAAGGUGGUUGAUUUGGGCAUCAAGUAUGGAGGGUCUUCAUUUUACGAUUACCACAAAUCAGUUUCAGCCAAGGCAGCUACUCAUCUGACACAAUUCAAUAUUAGAAUCGAUUGGUGUCAGAUAGAUACUGAGUUAUUCUGCCGUCAUUUUACUGGUCUGAGGCCCCCAUCUAGUGCCUCUUGUGGUUCCAAUUCACAAUCCACCGAUCUAUGCCCUGGGGACGCAGCCCCUUCCAGUUUUUCACCCCACCACUCCCUCACCCCACUCCCUAGACAGGAAGGUGUCCAGCGAGACAAGCUGGGCAGACCCAUCACCUUCUUGGGCAAGGCACAGGUGUGCAAUAACUUUUUAACACAGGCAUAUGCAGCUACAGCGCAUGCAGGUUGUUGCACAUCUGCUCCAUAUGCUUCAGAGCCCACACCAAGUCUAUGUGCCCGACCCGUCUGACAACUAACAAAUAAGCUGGUUAAGCACACAUUAAAAUCAUAUGACGACACCACGUCCAGAUAAUGUCCCUUUCCUUUCGCAACCUUACUCAUCUCGGCGGGGGGGAAUGCUUACUUGCACUCCAAGCAAUAAAGUUUGAUUUGACAUAUGGUAUCCUUUUUCUUGUUCAUCCAGAUCAUGGAAUAGUUUGUCAUUCCAAAUGUAUAAUUUUUGUUGUAAUUUGCCUACAUUCUACUAUUCCAGCAUGUAGGGAUACAUGCUUAAGCAAGAUAGAUAUCUUACACCUCAUUCUCUACACCUCCUCUACCCAGCUGCUUAUGCUAUUAAAUUGCAGGUCUCCGGCCGGGCUCCCCCUCCGGCACACCUUCAAUCAGCCAGGACGCCAUCGUUCCUACGGCUAACCCUGGUUUAAACGAACUAUUACUUCACGCACAAACACUCACGCACCACGCACUGUCUCCCAACACCACUAUCUCUUACGCUAGAGCACUGACUAUCUUUAACAAUUUCACAGCCGAGUUUUGCUUACAAGGUGACCUUUCCAUCAACACCAUGGUGGCUUUUGCCUCCUUUUGCCAUGUACACCUUAAACUUUCUUAUAAUACCAUCAAACUCUACCUCACCGGAGUACAACACCACAUCCUCACUAACUUCCCUAACCACGCUCCUUUUCUGUCUUCCUACCCCAUUAAGAAAAUCCUCAAAGGUAUUUUCAAGGUCACAGUCCCCCCUAACACGACAAGGCUACCAAUAGACGGUCCAAUAUUCCGGCUCCUAAGCGAAUUAUUGGACAAAUCCCCGUUUGACCAUAAUACCAAUUUAGUCAUGAAAUCUGCAAUUUUUUUUGACUUUCUAUGGAUUCCUCAGACCUAGAGAGUUCCCCGUGGUACGUCAAGGAGAGACAGUACGAUGCCUCAAACUUUCUCACAAAGAGAGUAGACGACCAUUUUGUACUCUCUUUGCCUUCUAUCGAGACUAAUCACUCUGCCUAUCCCCCUAUCAUUCCCCUCUUCCCUACCGAGAAUUUGUGGGGCCCUGUACAUAUUCUGGAUAUGCUCCUGGUCUCUCACCUUAUACACUCACCAGAUACUCCACUACUUCUACUCCAAGGUCACCCACUCACCACAGCUAAAUUUGUCACACAUCAGAAUUCUAUUGUCUAGGUUAGGCUACAACCCAGCUUCCUUCUCUGGUCACUCAUUUCGCAUCGGCGCAGCAUUAUCAGUCUCUAGCACUAACUCCCCCGGUACACAUCAUAAGAGGCUGGAAAUCCUCAAUAUACAACUCCUACAUCCCUCGACCAGAAAGGGAGCUCAGGCAGGCUUUCAGAAAUCUCGCCAUUUAAACUUGCAAUAAAGUGUGUUUACUUUGAAUUCUUUUUUGCCCUCUUUUUUUACAGGCCUACUCGUAUGUUGGUUUCGGCACACCUCAACCAACUUUGCUCCACCUCUACAUUCCAUUAACAUAAUAGAGAUUCCGAGCACAAGUUGGAAGGCCAAUUGGCCUGAAUUUGUGGGAGGAGUUAUGACCCUAUAUAAACCCUACCCCCCUACUUACCUUUGCCGUUUAAGCUGUUUUGACUCCACCCACCUUCACCCUCCUUUACACAUUUAUCUUUGUGGGCCCUCUUUUUCACAGGCCUACUCGUACGUUGGUUUCGGCACACCUCAACCAACUUUGCUCCUCCUCUACAUUCCAUUAACAUAAUAGAGAUUCCGAGCACAAAUAUAUAUAUAUAUAUAUAUAUAUAUAUAUAUUAUACACACUAUCCACAUAUAACUUACUAUUAUAUUAAUUAUAUAUAAUUAGUACUAUGUUAAUAAUAUAGAAUAUUCAUGAUAUAAUAUCAAGAGAUGUCAUAUUAUUUACUAAUGUUAGUGGACUAUGUGUAAUCUUAACUAUGUAGCUUCACACAAGAAAACCAGACACCAAAUGACAGAUAACACUAAUUAAUUUUACUUUCUAAAAACUAACGGAAUCUUACAAGUUCCAUUGUAAGGAAGGGUGAAAUUAAGGUUAAGACAUGUCAGGAGUCUAACAUAUAGUCAAAAUUACAAAUGCUCUGUCUGUAAAAACCAACCAAAGCAUUUGAAGUGACAUGUUUUUGAUGGACGGUUAUCCAUGAAACAUAACCAUGAUGAUGUCAAAUGCAUCACAAAAUUCAUUUAACCCAUUAUACAAAAAGGUAAAUGGACCCCAUACAAGAAUUUUUAGUGAUGUAAUUACGCCAUCUAUUGACCAAAAUCUAGAUGAGUCUGUAGGGAAGAUAUGCCCACAGUUUGCUAUUGGUUACUAUUAACUAGUGACGUAGAGAAUUUUCUCCUUUAAAAAUGAAAGACAAGGGAAUGAGGGGAGACUGGACUCAAGACUCUCAAACACUGAGAUUCUUACACUUAAAAAUCACUCUCAGACAUAAACUCAAGACUCACACUUAACAUCUGAGAUCUGGAGCCAAAGCUGGACACACCUAAUUAUUUAUAUUUUUCCAACUUACACAACUUCAGAACUCUGGAAAACUUUUCUAUUUCCAUACAAUUCUAUAUACAUCAUACUUGCAUUCAAAAUUCUUGGGACAUAUCUGCACAUCUGAUAGAAAAUCUACAACCUAACUGGUAAUUAUGCUGGUUUUUAUUUAAUUUAGUUAAAAUUAAAUUGAUUUUACUAAAAGGCAGAAUAUACUUGGAUAAAACCUGGUGAUUUCUAACAUCAAGGAGUCAUGAUUCGUUGAUAUAUAGAAUUCGUAAUUCCAUUCCUGCAGCUGGGCCAAUGAACUCUAGAUUACUUUUAACUUUAAAAACAGAAUACCAGGCAAUUACCCAGAUAUAUUCGCUUAUGUAAUCUAGAAAUAGUGAAUCUUAAUUAGGAAGGUAAAAUAUGGUUAGAAAUAUUCUAAUUAGAUGGACAUUGGAGUAGUCAAAUGAUCUAUUAUGAGAAAUAUUGUAUUUGUCAUUGCAAUAUAAUAGGAUAUCUUGCCUAUGUGGAUUGUAGCUAGCAGUGAAAGAGUUAAUUCAGUGUGAUUUGACUGUCAGACAAAGUUUUAUUGAUUUACGCUGCACUACUGUGAGAUGCUGUAUUCCGUGUUAUGUUGAUUUCUAAGUGAAAUGUUCUGUCCUAAAUCUUGUUGCAUAUAACUUGCUAUUUAGCUGUCUAUAUUGUGUUAAACCACUGCCAUAUUGUAUACUUGUGUUAUACCUAAAUAUUCACUGAUUAUUGUCACGCAUGUUACAUAUAUUAUUUUUUAUUAUUGUCAAAAUAAAUUAUAUUUUUAUAAUUAAUUUUUUAUUAAUGUGUGAAAUAAAAUCUUUGAAUGAAACUUCCUCUAGGAUCUAUGAGAAUUAAAAUAGUGGGUAAUUCUCAGCUUUAAAUCAUUAAUCAGGGAAACGGUGCCAAGAUAUAAAUUUUUGCUAUAAUAAAAUGUAUUCAAUAAAUUAUUGAUUUUUAUGAAAAUAUUUUUAAUAUUGAUCACCCCAUAAAUAUCCUCACAGCAUGUGAUGAUAUGAUGGACACUCUUAGCAUUCCUGCAUGUGGGGACAUCUCUGGGGCCUGGGUGGAUAACAUUUCAUAGUGUUCAAGCUGCUUUUGUUAGGGGUGAUGGGUGUACUCAAAUUUUUACGUUUUCUGAUAUUUCUAUACUCAUGUAUAUGACAAAACAGCCGUUUCAGGGGUGGGGGUGCAGACCACCAAGAUGCUCUGUAGAUAGGUGGGGGGUGUACCGUUGGCUAUGCCCCCUCAGAUACUGCCUCGCACAAUCAACACCAGGUGACAGGGGAGGCUGAGCCUAACGAGGGGACAAUCUUCUUGAAGGGUGGAGCCUAGUGCUGGACACCCCACAUCUACAGAGCACCUGAGCAGUCCACAUCCCCCCCCUAGGAUUGGCUCUAUGACUGAUGGAUCCUGUACAUGCCAAAUGUAGUAAUGCGCUUUUUUUUUUUCCUUCUUUUCAUAUAAUUAAUUUAAAAACAAAUGAAAGGAUUAUUAUAUAAACUAAUUUUAAGAUGACAGUUGCCCUUUAACUUGGGCAAUUGCGAGGUAUCAUCUAAACAAUUGGCCUCAAGAGGAGAUACCAUUCAUGUUUUCUCUCAGAACUUUAAUGCCACGAGUUUCUUUCAUUGUAUAGGACUAUAUUUUUGAGAAGAAACCUUUUGAACAUAUGAAUGAUCAACAUAAAUCAGAAGAAUCCUGUAAUACUGGAAGCCCCAGCUCAGCACUUCCACUCCAAUUAUCAAUGCCUGAAAGUGACAAUGACAAGAAGAUCCUCUUAUUAACCAAUAAGAUCACUCACCUACUGAGUGGGGAGGUGAGGCUGCUGGGAAUGGGACAUGUGUCUGGAUGGUCACUGUAUCAUUUUAUGUUUCAGGUUCUUAUAUAAUGAGAGGAUGUAACUGUGUGUCUCCUUGUAGGUGUGGCAGUAUUUGGAAGGACACAAUGAUCUUUACAAGAACAUGAAAACUGAAACUAAUCAGUCUCUCAGUCGACGUGGUAAGAUUAUAUUAUGUGCAGACUUACUAUAUACAGUUUUGGGGUUUUUUUUCUUUCUUUUUUUUGGUUCUCUAACUGAAGUUAGACAACACCCUCUUAUAAUGAAUGGUGAAACUGUUUUUUUUUUUUUUUGUUUUGUUUUUUUUCUUGGCUGCACAACAAGGAUGAGAGACUGCGAGGGCCAACUGAAUGUAGCAUCUGAACCCGGGAACGCAAUCCGUGUUCUCCUAUUUGAUAGAACAGGUUGAGGCAAGGCAUGCUUUCUUCCUUUGGCUCAUGUUGCCAAAAUUUCAGGUACAAGAGCUGGUUCAUCUAGCACACUUUAGUGGCCUAAAAGACCUUAAGGCAUAGAUGUAGAUUUUUUUUUUUUAUAUAUUAAUUGAAGCAGAGUAAUGUAUCUUAAGUAAAACAAAAUGCAGAAUGAACCUCUAUUGACACCCAGGGACCAGUCUUUAGAUAUAUCAUGCCUUCUCUGACUUUGUUUCCCAGCAGUGGAUUACAUAGCCCAUGAUACCGGAACUUGCCUUUCCCACAAAAACAUAGUUUUUAGGCAUAACAACCUUUGGAGUAGACCACAUUGUGACAGUGUUGCAGUGGAGGAGGGUAUUCACGUGCUUGGUAAAAUAAAUAAGGGCCAUUGCUGACCUGCAGCACUAGGCUGGAAGUGAAAAGCGCUCUACUUUACCAGCCAUAAAUUACGGAGAGUGUAACGGAUCACCUGGCACCCCGACUGGGUACCUCCGUUGAAGGAUGCUCGUAGCGCUUCCUGAGGACUCCAAGCACUGCAACAGACACCACAACCACCAGACCGGAGAAGCAUAUGAAUGCUCUCAAGCAUAUGAAUGCUGUAAGCAGCUGAACAGGAAAAGCAUACAGUCAGCUUACACUCCUGGCAAUCAGCAUACAAUCCAAUUCCCCCAAUAACGAGACGACACUUCGUUUUGAGGUCAAGCAGAACUGACUGUACUGGCACAUACAGCCUUUUUUAUUCCCAAUCCACAAACUUAGUACUGCCCACAGGGUUUUACAGAACAACCAAUAACACACGUACAUUACAGAAAACACUCCCAGCAAUUAUACACAAAAUCCUACCCUCUGCUUGUGAUCUAAUUAUGGCACACAAUGGGUUAACAUAAUUAUCACCAGCAGGAAAAAUACAGUAUCAUAAAACACAUCACAGGGACCCCAAAACAUGCAAUAACCCCAUAAAAAUAUAUCCUUGGAACCGGGGGAUCUGGGUGAACCACAUAUCCAAAAUUCACCCAGAUCCGUUCUGUACUUUGGAAGAUACAGUUUAAUGCAGAUUCUGCAGAACAUAUACAGGCUAUAUGAAAAAUAAUUACUGUAUAAUGUGUCCCCUGUUGUAUAGUUUAAAACUACUGAACGAAUACUGGCGAGAUGGCACCGUGUUGAAAAGUCCAAACAGUGUCUGUGAGUUAAAAUGGCCGCCAUCCAUUGUUCUCACCAUGUGCUCCAUCCAUUGUUCUCACCAUGUGCCUCUGAUACAUGAAAUGGUGUCUUUAAAGGGUAAUACAUCCCAGGGGCCAUAGUCACAUGGCAGGAGGCUGGCAAUCAGUCUUCUCCAAUGCCCAGUGGCGAGGUCUGUUUUCCCACACGAACUAAACAUUAGCCUCAAUGAGAUAUAACCUGUAGAAAUUGCAAAUCUUUUUUUUCUCUUUCUUUUUAAAAAUUAUUUUUAUUUUUUUUUUGCUGUUUGGUUUUCCUGGCUUUAUGCUUGUCCUCCUCCAAGGUUUUUAAAAGAGGAAAUUCUAUUGGAGUAAAAUAAUUAAAAUACAGUUCUCAGUGAAUAGAGAUCUCAGGAUAUAGAGAUCAGAGAGAACAGAGAUGUCUUUGGCCGCCCCGGUUUUUCUCUCUCUCUUAGAGGGUGUUAAGAAAGGGGGAAGGGAAGAAAGAGGAGGAGAAAUAGAGGGGGCAGGGAAGAGAUCAGAGAGGAGGGGGACAAGGAGAUAGGGAUAAGGAGAAGAAAAUAUGGCCACCAAAAAGUAGCAAAAUGGCUAGCACUUGAAGAAGGAAAACAAAAUAGAAGUGCAACCAGAAAACCGCUAGUCUUUUUUUCUCUCCCCAACCAUCUGGGAAUAAGUCAAAUUUAGAUGUCUUACCUGCCUGCUAAAUCGAUAGGAGAAACAAGCAGUACACAAAUGGAGGGAGAUGACAACUUAAGACAGGAAGAAAAUCUAUAUGAACGAUUACUCAGUCAUCUAGAUAUACAAUUUGAAAGAAUGGAAUAGGAGAAAAUGCAAUUGAACACACAGGUUAUCAAGAGAGAACUUUCCUUAACCCCAAGGAUACAGAGUGUUGAAGCAAAACUUGAGAUGAUGCAACAAGUGAGUAACGCCCACCAGGAAAAACAUGCUAUCCUGGAAAGGAAAAUCAGAUCUGGAAAAUAAGAUUAUUGAUCUGGAAGACAGAUCAAGGAGGAACAAUCUAAGAAUUUGAGGAGUGUCAGAGCAAGUAUAGACAACAGAGCUGGAAUCAUAUAUAGAAGAAUUCCUCAAAUCCAUGAAGGUGGAAUGGAAUAUUAAAAACCCUAUGAUGGAACUGUGUCAUAGUUAAUAAGCCUAAAGGCGUACCAGAUCACCUUCCUAGGGAUACACUGAUCUGUUGCUCCUCUUUUAAACUUAAGUUACAGAUCCUGAGUUCACUGAAGAAAAAUAUUCUCUCAGGAGAGUACGAAAAGUUAAAGGUCUAUCAAGAUCUGUCAUGGAACACCAGACAGAAGAGGAAGACCUUUACAGAGAGCACAACAAUACUUAGAUCUAAGAACGUAAAAUAUUGGUGGGAGUUCCCCACAAAGAUCUUUAUAUUGCACAAAGGCAAGAUCUCAAGUUUUGCUACAGGAGAUGAGCUUAAAAGGUGGAUGGCUUUGAGUACAGGAAUACGAAGAAGCAAAGAUUUAGCUUGCUAGAGAAUGUAAGGAGACAGUGGAGAAUGGGGCAGAAAUAGGAGAACCACAGGGAAGAAGGGAUGGGCAGAGAAAAGAGAAGGAGAAGAAAGAAAAGACGGAAACAAGGGCACCUUUGGAUUUAUUUAUUUUUUAAAGUAACGAGAAAUGAUGAUAAAGACAUACACUAUUAAAAGUAAUAUUAACACUUUCUGCUAUGACAGACACUAUGAGUAAUGGAAAAUAUUAGUUGGAUGUAUUUUUGUUAUUUUUUUGCUCGGUUUCUUAAUUUAAAUUUUUUUAUUUUUAUUUAUUUUUUAUAUAAAGACACACAUGAUAAUCACUGAUUUAGGUUGGCGUUAUAUUAACCCCUUAACACAAUAUUUGUGUUUAGUGAAGUCUCCCGAUAAUAACAGAACCCCCCAUGUACAGGUUUUAUGGUGUUUUGGAAAGUAAGAGAGUCACAUAUAAGGUUUGCAUUUCAUUUUUUUGACGUUGAAAUUUGCCCGAUUGGUUAUGUUGCCUUUGAGAGCAUAUGGUAGCCCAAGAAUGAGAAUUACCCCCGUGACGCCAUACCAUUUGCAAAAGUAGACAACCCAAGGUAUUGCAAGUGGGGUAUGUCCAGUCUUUCAUAGUAGCCACUUAGUCACAAACACUGGCCAAAUAUUAGUUUUUUGCUUUUUUCACACAAAAACAAAUAGGAACGCUAAGUGUUUGUGACUAAGUUUAUUUUAUGUGAAUGUGAUGCAUACUUGGCCCAAGCUCCAGGGAGUACAGACAGUCGGUCCUGCUCCCCAGCAGCAGAGUCUUCUACUGGGAGUGGAGAACCUCGUCACCCCUCCUCAGCAGCAGCCUAGCCCACCAAGGGAGAUGAUAAGCCCCACACCGGUGCAGAUGAGACUGUAGUCUCUGUGCCCAAACCACAGGGGGUAGGGACGGUCGGUCCUGUCCCCCAGCAACAGGGCUGUUUAGCCAAAGGGGAGACAGUCUGUCUCCCCCCACAGCAGCAUGGUGCUUUGUCCAAAGGGGAGACGAUCAGUCUUCCCGUCCAGCAGCACAGCUAUGUAUCCAAAGGGGAGACAGCCGGUCUACCCCUCCAGCAACCAGGCUCCCACCAGGCUACUUCCGUGGUAGUGCUGGCAUCAGGGCAGAAUACAGCUGGUCUCUGCCCACCUCGCAACCCACCAAUUCAGCGUACCAGUCCCCCACACAGCUGUGGUGAGGCACCUGGCCAUGGACAACUUUUCCCCGUACUCAGGUGUAGUAACAAUUUAUUGUGUGUGGGCUGUACUACUAAUUGUGUUUUAUGGGUGGGUUGCUGGAUUAACCAGGGCACUGACCGGCAGGAGGUCAGAUACCCUGUUAGUCUGUUUGGAAAAGAGGAGAGAUGUGACGAGACCAAUCUCACCACUGUGCAUUGGAGGAGCCUGGUUGCCCGCCUGCUGCCUUUAGACUAUGGCCCCAUGUUAAAAUGCUUGAUUUUCCCCUGCAAAGACACAAAAUCCGGGUCAUUCGGUGCUUGCUCUGUUUGAGCGGUGAUACCCCAGAUAGCUAUGCCAUGGAGCCCAUUCAUAUAAUGAAAUACUAUGGGAAAGACUUUUGCUCCAUGGCAGUUGAACUGUAUGUAUGGGAUCUGAGCGCCAUUCAGUAAUAAUGUGCGCACAGAUCUGAGCUAUCUGGGGAUAUGUUGAAUGUACCUGUUUUAUGCAAUGGCUGCACAGUUAAAUAUUUUUAUGUAUUUUAUUGUCUUUUGAUGCCAUGUGUUCAAUGGAGUUUUGCCUCUGUCCUUGGAGAUUAUUGGAUUAAUUCCCAAUUAUCUCCAGGAUAGAAGACUCUGUGGAACUGGUUUUGGGCAGAAAAGCCAUGCUUCAUUUGGUCACAAAGGACUACGAUCUAUCUUUUAAACCACUGGACCAAUUUGUAUGAUUUUGACGUAUGUUUGUAUUUGGAGUAUGCUGAUUCUGAAAAUGUAUGUAUGUGAUGCAUACUUUUAAAAUGAUGAAUAAUGUGGAAAAACUCUAUUUCUCUGCCUGUGAUAAUUACAUUACCCAUUGUGUAAGGUAAUUGUAUCACAGGCAGAAGGGAGGAUUUUGUGUGGGAGUGUCUGUUUUGUACAUGUUUAUUGGUUGUUUUCCAAAAUACUGUGGGUGGUACUAAUGUGUAUAUAAGAACAAUAAACCCAAAGCUCUGUCUGUUCCUGCUUGACCCUCAAAACGGAGCCUUGUCUCGUUCUUGGGGGGGAUUUAUUGUAUGCUGUUCCAGUUCGACUGCUAGGAGUGUAAACCUAUUCCUAUGGUUUUUCCUAUUCGGCUGUUUACAGUAUUUGUAUGUUUGAGAGCAUUCGUAUGCUUCUCCGGUUCGGUGGAUUGGUGUCUACAGUAGCUGCCUGUAUAUCUGGAAGGGGAAUAUCCACUAAACGGCGUUUAACCCCUUUUAUGCCCGGGGUGCCGUUACAAAAUCAAACAAGGGGUGCUAUUAAUGAUGGGAGAUUUCAACUGCGUAAUAGACCCUCUUAAAGAACUACAGUGGUAAAAAGAUCAAUAAAGGAUCUUCAGAUAGACUACAAAAAUUAAUAGAUCAAUUUAAUGUGAGAGACAUAUGGAGAACGUUUCGUCCCUUGGAUUCAAAAACAUUUCAUUCCUACUCCAGAAUCGACCUUAUUUUGGGGGAUGUGGCCAUGCUGUAUCUUUUUAAAAAGAUUGAAAAACGUGAUAUAACAUGGUCGGACCACAACCCAAUUAUAUUGGAUUAUAAACAUGUCUUCGAUAGGUUCAGAAAAAACUGGCGAUUGAUUAUAUAUUAUACAAAAAUUAUAAUAUCAAACAAAUAAAAAAAAAAAUAACUGAACUUUUUUGGGGGGAAAUAAUAAGGGGGCAUCAGAUACAGUAGUAUGGGUGUGCUUAUAAAACAUAAUUAGAGGCCACUUGAUGGGGAUGGCAGCCAGACUAAAAAAGAAAGAGGUCCCCCACUUGCAGAGUUAUAUAUCAUGCUAAAUGAAUAUAAGAAACAGAACAAAUCAAUACCUUCCAUAGAAUUGGCCAAAAAAAUAUCAGAAACAGAAUAGAACAUAAAUGUACAUUUAGCCAAUAAAAUGGCAAAAACUUUAGAAUUUUUUCAAUCUAAAUGGUGGUAUAAAGGUAACAAACCUGAAGUGGUUAUGACGAGUAAGUUGAAAAAGGAAAAAAAAUAAGAGAGUGAUAUCCAAAAUUAGGGAUAAAGACACAUACAAAAUGGCCCCAGAACAGAUAGGUGGAGCAUUUGAAAGAUUUUAUAGAGAUCUAUAUAACCUAUCACAGGAUUUAUUUGGUAAUGAUGAAGAAAUCCAAAAUUCUUUGAAAAGAUAGAAAUACCCAAAAUGCUAUAUGACCAAAUAAAAGUAAUAAAUCAACAGAUUUAAGAAAUAUAAGUCAUCAAAGCAAUAGAAAAACCAUAAAAAAAGACCGCCCCAGGACCAGAUGGAUUUACAAAUAAUUUUUAUAAAAUUUAUGAAAGAUCAAAUAAAGAACUGGUAAAUGUUUUUAAUCAUAUGAUGACUACAGGAAGAUGCCUUGGGGAGCUAUUGAGAGUAAAUAUCGUCCCGAUUCCAAAACCAGAUAAAGAUCCAGAACUGAUAAGAAGGGGGAGCUUCUUGUCCAACCUAGAAAGAACAUCCCACUUGUAAGUACUGCCACUAUGCGAGAGGAAAAAUUUUUUGUCGAUUCUUGCGGAUCGGCUGAAAGUUGUCAUACCAGAUCUUAUUGACCAUGAUCAAGUUGGCUUUAUUCCAGGCCGGUCGUCAGUUAAUAAUAUUUGGAAAAUAAUAGAUAUACUAGAGGCAACAGAGAUUAAGGGGAACCCACUCACGCUUAUAUCAAUAGACACAGAAAAGGCAUUUGAUAGGGUAGGGUGGGCCUUUAUGUCAGCCACAUUAAAACAAUUUGGAUUUACAGGUUCAUUUUUAAAAGCGGUAUCUGCUCUCUAUGAUUCUCCACAGGCAAAAGUUAGGGGAUCUGGAUUUACUUUUCAAAGUUUUAAUAUCAAUAACAGGACAAGGCAUGGAUGCCCUCUAUCCCCAUUGUUAUUUAUUUUAGUACUGGAACAUUUAGCCAUUUCUAUAAGACAGAAUCAAAAAAUCAUAGGAUACAGAUAUUCACUAGGGCAGAUCAAACUAAAUAUUUAUGCGGACGAUAUAUUAGUGAUAGUAGAGGAACCAACUACUUCUAUUCCAGAAGUUUUAAAAGAGAUAAAGUUACUCGAGAGUAGCUGGUUACAAAAUAAAUUUAGAUAAAUCAGAAGUCAUAAUCAAGAAUAUGUAUAAGCGAUUAGUUCAGAAUCUUAUAAAAAACUAUGGACUUCCAAAUGAUAUAAAACAAAGUCUGAAAUAUUUGGGAAUAAUUAUUGCAUCAGAGACAAAAUAGUUAAUAGAAGCUAAUGUUUUACCCUUACUAAAACAAACCAACAACAAUCUACAAGUAUGGAGGGGUUUGGGAUUUUCGUGGUCGGGUAGAAUCAAUAUAUUAAAGAUGUUUUACCAAAAUGGCUCUAUUUAUGGAGAAUGAUCCCACUUAAUUGCCCACAAAACUUAUUAUCAAUGUUACACGUCUCUUUCUUUUUUAAAAAUCUGUUUGGGGCGGAAAGAAACCUAGAGUUAAAAUGAAAUUUUUUUUUUCCACAUAAUGGUAUCACAAAAUAGAUCCACAGAAAAGGAAAAAUGGCAUUCAAUAGAGAAAUAUGGUACUGGGGUGAAGAACUUAUCCUCUCUAUUCUGGAUAUUAGAUCUCCACUAUAAAGAUAUUAUGGAGGCAAGAUCUAACUCACAAGUAAUUAGAGAUUUAACAGCAUGGUGGGACAUUUUUCAAAAAAAUCAUGGAUUAAAAAACAAAAUAAUAGAUUCAUUACAAAUUUCAGUGAUUAAUUAUAUGCUGGAUAAUAUUAAUAUUAAACCUUGGAGGUAUAAGGGAAUAGAAAAAGUCAAAGACAUAAAAGAGAACUAUAAAAUUAAACCCUUGGUAUCUUAAUGAAGGAUAACUUUAAUUAUCUAAGAAUUAAAGGGUUUUUCUCAGUACACAUAAUUAAAGGACCACUAUAGUGCCAGGAAAACAUACUUGUUUUCCUGGCACUAUAGUGCCCUCAGGGUGCCCCCACCCUCAGGGUCCCCCUCCUGCCCGGCUCUGGAAGGGGGAAAGGUGUUUAAAUUUACCUUUUUCCAGCGCUGGGCGGAGAGCUCUUUGCCUCCUCUCCUCUUCCGAUCCUCCUCUUGGGCUGAAUGCGCACGCGCGGCAAGCGCUGCACGCGCAUUCAGCCGGUCGCAUAGGAAAGCAUUCUCAAUGCUUUCCUAUGGACGCUGGCGUGCUCUCACUGUGAAAAUCACAGUGAGAAGCACGCAAGCGCCUCUAGUGGCUGUCAAUGAGACAGCCACUAGAGGAUUAGGGGGAAGGCUUAACCCAUUCAUAAACAUAGCAGUUUCUCUGAAACUGCUAGGUUUAUUAAAAAAUGGGUUAACCCUAGAAGGACCUGGCACUCAGACCACUUCAUUAAGCUGAAGUGGUCUGGGUGCCUAGAGUGGUCCUUUAAUAAUAGAGUAAAACAGAAGGGAUUUAUCAACUAGUCGAACAAAAAAAAACUGUAAAAGUAUGCUGUCUAAAUGCAUUAAAGUUUUAUACAAGAUAAGACAUGAUAAACUUUCCGCAGCAAUUGAAAAGUGGGAAAAAGAUCUUCACAUACAAAUAGAAGAGGAAAGUUGGAAAAGUUACUUUAAUAAACUAGAUAAACAUGUCCAUUGCUUAAAUCUGAGAGACUUGCAGUUUAAACAUUCAAAUAGAUGGUACUUAUCUUUUAAAUAAAAUAUACCCAAAUACAUGUGACCGAUGUUGGCGGUGCAACAUAUAUGGUGGUACUGUCAAUUUAUAUCUACUGGAAAGAUAUAAUUACACUAAUUGACCGUAUGACAGGAAUUAAACUGGCAAUGGAGCCGGGCAUAAUCUUAUUAAAUUUAAACAAAUCAGAAGUGAAGAUAAAGGAUUCGAUGUUGAUUUUCCAUAUCACAGCAGCUAAAUUGUUGAUAGCAUGGAACUGGAAAAAAGUAUUAAUCCCAUCCAUACGAGAAGUAAUAGUACAAACAAUUUUUGGCAAGCUAAAAUGGAAAGAGGUAUUUUGAUGAGCUUAAAAAAUCAAUAUAGACAAAUAGAAUAUUGGGACAACUGGAUAGAUAAAUUAGAUCUGUUUUUAAAUACACCAUAAAGGGCUUCUCCAAUAGAGAAAUGGAUUGGAUCUGGUAAAAGCAUAAGAGGAAUGGCAGAUGUAAUGUGAUAGAAACAAGAGGGGAAAAUAAGGGUUAAUCAGGCAUAUAUUAGAACUUGAUGGAAUAGCAGACAACAGUAGUUUGACUAAAGGGCUCCCUCUCUCUUGGUCCACAAAUAAAGAUUAAGUCUAUUAGAAAUGUGACUUUUAGUAGGGAUAAGAAUUUGAUAAUUAGGAUAGGCAUGGGGAAGGGUGGAGGAAAUAGGGUAACAUAGGAGGCAAUAACGGUUUAUCCCAAUAGUUUCUCUUUUCUUCUCUUCCCUUGUGGGCGAUAUAUAUUUGAUGUUAUAUGUACAAAGCAAUAUUAUAUUAAUGAUGAUAGUGUCCUUCAAGCUAUACACAAUUAGUGUUAAUUUCUAUGCAGUAGCAAGGUACCUAUCUGAAAUAUUAAAAAAAACACUGGUGCAACCAUCUGUCUUCAGAAGUCACAUAGAGGUAAAUUAUAAUUGUGUGUUGGUAUUUGAUCAAUACUAUUUUUUUUGACCUGUGGCCAGUAUGGAAUGAAUGUUCUCCUCUUGACUACAAUCCAAAAAUGCAGGGACAUUGUACGGUGAAAAAAACACCCUGGUUUCUUAUCAAACCCCACUCUGGCCCUCCGUAAUUCCUGCGGUUGGCAUUCUUUUUGGCACACUUACAUAUACACAUACAUGAACAAACAAGCAGUGUCAGACAUAAACAUUAACAAAGGAUGGCCUGUACCUUGGAGGUAGGUUGAGGGAAAUACAACCAGACAAUCACUGUUUCUGCAGGGCUGCUCGCCACAAAUCGUCUGUAAGGAGGGCAGUCAGGCAGUCUGCCGCCGGAACAGCGCUUCAUUGGUCUCCCAGGUCUCUUACACUGUCUAUCAAGUCCAUCACAAGGAUGUUUCUGCUGCCAGAUGGCUCCUAGACUCACAGAUGAGAGGCAGGGAGAGGAGAGCAGGUAGGGACCCCACCCCCGUUGCUGACAUCCCUACCCAUAUGUCACAAUCCGUCAUCUUCAUUGUUAAUCACGUGAUCUCAAGAUUGAUACAAUGGAACUGUGAAGUUAACAAGCAAAACGUAACCACCUUGGACACAUAAUAGGUCUGUUUUACUACUUUUAUAGUGCAUUGGUUAUUUUAUGUGGUUUAAUACUUUAAUAUGUUCCAAAUUGACACUAAUAUUUGUGUAUGUUUCUUUGUAUGUUUUAGUGUACAUGUAGUGUGUUUUUUUUUUUUUUAUAUAUACAAUGCUUAUUUGUCCUUUCUUUUUAUUGUUUAGCAAGGAAUGGUUCAUAUAAGUUUGGUGACAUUGCUUCCACACAUUAAUUCGGGGGAAGUGAUUUUGGUGUUAGUCAUGUUGCAUCACUUUAAAAUAUUUUGUGCUGUUGUUUUAUUAUCAGCAGAGAGUUUUUCCCUGGUUUAUCAGGACUUUUUGUGGUUGCAUUUUUUUAAUUGUCCAGUGUUUUCCGUUAAUGUGAUGACAACUCUGUUUUGGAAUGGUUGAAAGUGUACAUGUUUAACAUGUAUUCCUGACCCUUUAAUGUUAAAAACACUUCUGGCACCCCCAUGCCUCCCUAAAUAUAGUACAGUCUGAUUUUUAGUUCAGUCUGCUGGUGCUAGCUCUGCCCUCGAUCUGCCUCCUUGACUGACAUCAUCAGAAGUGAUGAUCUCAGCCAAUCACAGGGCUUUCCCAUAGGAAAGCAUUGCAUUGGCUAAUAUUGUCCAUUCUGAUGGGGGAGGGGUGGAGCCAAACGUCACCAUGGCCAAUCAGCAUCUCCUCAUGCUGCAGAGGGUGGAGACACUGAAUGUCAGUCACACUGUGCAGCACUGACUCAGGAAACACCUCUAGUACCCAUCUGAGGAGUGGCCACUGGAGGUGUCCCUAGGCUACAAUGUAAGCACUGCCUUUUCUCUGAAAAGAACGUGUUUAUGACAAAAGCCUGCAGGAACUGACUAUAUUCACCAGAACAAAUACAAUAAGCUGUAGUUGUUCUGGUGACUAUAGUGUCCAUUUAACAUAAACCCUUAGUGCUGAAAUUGUUAUUGGAAUCACAUCUGUAUAUUUGAUGGCAUAUUGGCAGUCUUUAACCUAUUGAUAAUUUUCAAAACAUGAGUUGUAACUUACUCCUUGGUUGAAUAGGGUCCACCUGUGUGCACUUAAUGUGACCCAGGAUCUCUAAAGAAUGCAUCCAAUGUUGAGAAAGUCACAGAAUUUGAUAGUAAACCUGUAUAAACACACCUAAUGUAGACCAAAUAUAGAGCCUGGAGAAGCACCAAUCAUUGAUUGGUUUAACCCCUUAAGGACACAUGACAUGUGUGACAUGUCAUGAUUCCCUUUUAUUCCAAAGUUAAGUUUGGUCCUUAAGGGGUUAAAUAAAAAUCCACAAGUUUGAACAUCCCCAGAGCAAUCUAUAAUCCACGAUUAAAAAAUUAUAAAAUAUGACACAACUGCAAAUCUGCUUUGAGAAGGCUACCCAUCAGAGCCCAGUGACUGAGUAAGGAGGGCAUUAGUCAGCCAAGCAAACAAGAAGCCAUUGGUAGUUUUGAUGGAGCUGAAGAGAUCGACAGCUGGAUCUGAGAAACUUUCCAUUGGUCACCUGAAAUCCAGAUUGCUGCCAAGCUAGACUAAUGGAUGAGUAGUGAGAAGAUCACCAAUGCUGAAAACUAAAAACCAGCUGCCAGUAGGCCAAUUCUUGCUUGGAGUUUGUCAAAACUACGGAUCCUCUCAAGCCUACAAUGUCCUACUAUUUCAUAUAAAGUAUGAUUUUAUGUUUAUGCUUGGCAUACAGUACUAGUUAUAAACACUGUGUCAUACGCUUUCAUGGUUUUAAAAGAGAAACUGGAAUAAAACUACUAAAAUAAAGAUAAUAUCGAAGUUCCCAGCUGAAUACUAUUAGCUAGUUUGUCUUCUGCUUGCAGACCUCUCCAAUCAGAAGUAUCUCAUUCUGGUCUAAGGAGAUCGAUCUUUCCCUAUAAACCUUUUAGAAACAGAAGUUUAUGAGACGACAAGUAGUUCAUCUACAAAGAGCGAUGUCAUUCAUCACAUAGGAGGAGGGGCACUAGUCUAUAAACUGAUUUCCUUCAUACUGCAGCAAUUUUUUAUUUACACAUAGGCCAUUUCACUGUUUAGUGAACUGUUCUUUGCACAGUUGUGCUGUACAUGAAAUCGGCUCAUCUCUCACUGGAAAGGAGUGGAUGUACAGCAUAUGUUAUGCAUGUGGUACACAUUAGCUAUGCAAUGAAUUAAAACGGCCCAGUUCCAGCCCGAAUUCUCUUUUUACUACAUUUGCUCAUGAUGGGUUGUGUAAUUGUUUUUGUAAACAUACCAGGCAAGACAUAUUUGGGAUUAGCUUAUAGCACAUCUAGAAGAUGCCGAUGCAGCUCUGCAUCCAUAAGCUAGCUGGAUAAUUUCAUCAACUGUCAAUUUAAUUGAGAGGUGAAAAGAUUUACUCGUAUAUCUUCUAAAUGUGAUGUGAGAUUGGUUUGUUCAAGUUAGAAUCACUGUAAUCCACAAGGUACCUUAUGUUUCAUUCUGCUACAACAGGCCAGGAGUAUACUUUAUAAUUUAGAGAAAACACUUUUGAAAGCGACUGCUUCAAUUUCAAGGUUGAUGUGAAGGUCUAAGUAGUGACACCCACAAUAGUCCUUUUAUGCGCUGAACUUAAGCACGAUAUCUUGAUGGGUCUCCUGUAGAAGGCCUUCCAUUUCCAUGCUGCCAUGUCCCUCGAACAAUAAAUGUGGCUCCUUUUGUGUGUUGAUUGGUAUCCAUACAUGAUAGUUCUCACUCAAAGUCUUAAAGUCAGCCUCUGCAAAGUGUGGCAGUGAAAAUGGCACAAAACUACAAAUAAGCUAAUGAACAAAACUAAUGUUCUUAAAGAUUCUGUAUUCAGAACUGAUUUCUUCUUGAAUUACUUAUUUUUCCUGGCAAGUUUCAAAUAAAAACGUUAGAUUUUGUGUUAUAAUAGACAUUGUCUAUUUAAUAAAAAAAAUAUAUAUAUAUAUCUAUAUAUAUAUAUACAUAUAUAUAUUUUUUUAUUUUUUUUUAAAGAACCAAUGUCCACUGAAUUCUGGACUCUAUUUGGACUCCAAAACAACUCGAUUUCCACCCAAUUUGAUUACGCGGAAUUAUCAAUAUCAAUUUUGUUUAACUUGGACAGCUGGGAGAAGUCGGUCAGUUAUAUUUUGUUCUUCUGGAGAGCCAUGGUUAUUGAACUCCACAAAUAUUAAACGCUUCCUUAAAACUAGUACACUGUGAUGUAUCCUGUAUAGCACAAAUCAUUAUAACAUGACAACAUAAUAUAUAUUUCAUACAUUGAAAAAUUGCUAAAAUGUACUUUAUCAAAUGCAAGUUUACCUAGGGAGGUAUCAACAAUAAUAAUACAAAUAAGUUUGUCGCUUUUUUUUUUUUUUUCCUGUUCCUUGUGGCAUCCUAGGAUGAGCCUUCUGUAUCGGACUUUAAACUAUAAAAUAGAGCAAAUUGUUCCACAUCUUCUGGCUUCUUAUGACAUUGCUAAGAGUCUUGAAAAACUUUCAUAAAAAAACAAUCUAAUCACGUUGUUUGUUUCUUUCUAGCUGAUGAAAUUGUGGGCAAUUAUCUUUUUGAAGGAGUACACGCCACCAGUUCUUCAAUGGAUUGUUUAACCGAGAAUGAAAGAUAUAGCAUUAAUAAUGUGGCUGCAGAGUGUUCUAACACAAAUAACGACAUGGUGCAGAAAUCAGAAUGUUGUGUAAAAGGUAUUCAGGAAUCUGAUGUACAUGGAGCUGGAAAUGAUAUGAACACCACUGUUUGUAAACCAAUAGAAAAGACCCAGACAGAAUAUCGAUCUACUCAUAUUAAGGAGGAAUCAGCCUCAUGUGAAGAAAGAAAUCUGACAAACACUGACAUUAAUACACCAAAAGAACAUAAGCAAACAGAAUAUCGAUCUACUCAUAUUAAGGAGGAAUCAGCCUCAUGUGAGGCAGGUGUAGAACCUGACAUAUAUACAGAAUAUACACAAGCAGAUUAUCAAUCUACGUUUAUUAAAGAGCAAUCAUUCUCAUGCGAAGGACAUCUUACAGAAACUGAUGCUUAUACACCCAUAGAAUAUAUACAAGCAGCAUAUCUAUCUACUUCUUUGAAGGAAGAAUCAACUUCGUCUGAAGAUGUGAAUCCUACAGCCGCUGGCUGUUACACACCCACAGAACAUGCACAGUGUAGGUUUCCAGGUACUGACUAUAACAAAGUUGAUACUAUAAGGGAAGGUAAUACUAUUCAACCUAUAAUUGACUGCAGAGAGCGUAGUAUAAACUUAAACGAUGAAUCUGUCCAUGCUGCUCAUUCCAGGAUACACACCAUGAACAGAAUUACCUCUGGAGCCAAAUCCUUCUUAUGCACGAAGUGUAAUGGAUGUUUCACUCACAAAAAGGACCUAGUAAGACAUCAGAGAACUCACACUGGUGAAAAGCCAUUUCUUUGCUCAGAAUGUGGGAAAUCGUUUACCCGAAAUUCCACACUCGUAAGACAUAAGAAAAUUCAUACAGGAGAGAAACCAUUCUCAUGCUCUGAGUGCCAUAGAAGUUUCUCUCAAAAAUCUCACCUUAUUGUACACUAUAGAGUCCACACUGGUGAAAAGCCAUUUCAUUGUGAGGAAUGUGGGAAAAUGUGUAAUAGUAAAGCAGAGCUUGUUCGACAUCAGCGAGCGCACACAGGAGAUAAACCAUUCUCAUGCUCUGUCUGUGGAAGAUGUUUUGCUGACAAAUCAGCCCUUGUAAGCCACCAAAGGAUUCACACAGGAGAGAAACCAUUUGCCUGUUCUGUGUGUGGGAAGCACUUUGCACAUACAUCAACUCUCUUGAAACACAAGACAAUUCACACAGAUGACAAGCCAUUUUCUUGCUCUGUUUGUGGCAAAUGUUUUGCACAGAAAGCAGAUGUCAUCAAGCACCAUAUGAUUCACACAGGAGAGAAACCUUUUGCCUGCUCUGUGUGUGGGAAACACUUUACUUGUAAUACGACCCUCUUGAAACAUGUGACAAUGCACUAUGCCAUUGAUCAAAAUAUCCACUCGCACGCUUGCAGUUAG